AUGAGAAGGGAACUUCUGGUUCUUGCCAAAAAAAAACAUGCAUUUGGGUUGUCUCCCACGAUUUCCUUAGGAUUCCAACGGAACUCUAGGCCAUCGUCUAAGGAGUUAUUUCCCGACUUAUCAAGCGGAUUUUCACCCCGUUUGUGGCGUCUUCCAUUGUACCAAGGUUCUUUCCUCACGUCAAGCAUAGGGUUGCGGUCUUAUACCAACGUUCUUGUUUGCAUUGAUCAUUGGGUCAAGGUUUACCUCCAUCCAUCCAUUUUACCACAGAUACAUGAGAAGGCACAACUGAAUAUUGAAAAAAGAACAAAGCAAUAUGAAAAACAUGCCAACAAGGGGCGACACAAAAUGAUCUUUGAACCUGAAGAUUGGGUUUGGUUACACUUGAGAAAGGAAAGAUUUCCAGAACAAAGGCAUUCCAAACUACUUCCAAGAGGAGAUGGUCCUUUCCAAGUAGUUGAGUGUAUCAACAACAAUGCUUACAAGCUGGAUCUACCAGGAGGAGGGGAAUGAUGCAAAUGAUAGCAUGGAUGGCAAUGGCACGACUUCAAGUGAAGAUUUAAUUCAAGUUCCAUGUGGGCCAAUUACUAGAUGCCGUAAAACGAGGGUGAAAGAAGCUCUUAAUGGAUUAUUUCAGGAGGCUUGGACUCAAGCCAAUUCAUGGGGAACUAAGGAGAAAGAGCCACAAGGAUUUAUCAACUUAUUC